AUGUUGUGAUUUUUCUAUGUUCAGAAUGUUAUGUCACCUGACCCUCCUCCUCCUCAUCAUCAUCAUCAUCAUCAAAAUAAAUGUAUUAUUAUCUUAUCAUAUCCUUCUGUUUGCUUGAAUCUCCUCCAGGAAUUUCUCCAGGAUUUAUUUGUCCCUCAUCUUGUGAUGUUUUGUGUUCUUCCAUGGAAUGGGUCCUCCUGUCAUCACGACCUUUACCAAUUUCCCUGACCUCUGACCCUCCAGGCCGGUGAUUGUGGAGAUCCCCCACUUCGCGGCCCUGCGGGGGACGGAGCGGGAGCUGGUGAUUCUGAGGAGUGAGAUGGGGGAGAGCUGGAGGGAACAUCACUGUGAGCACAGUGAGGAGGAACUCAACCAAAUACUGAACGGCAUGGACGAGGGUGAGACAGGGGGAGACAGGGGGGAGGAGGGGGAGUGGACUGGGGAUGGAGGAGCAGGGAGGGAGUGGGGAGGGAGGAGCAGGGAGGAGGCAGGAGGGACUUGACAGCACCAGACUGCCAUGCCAGCAAUCGUUCAAUUGUUCUACCUUGUUCAUUCACCAAAGAUGAUGAAACAGUUAGGUCCCGACUGCUCAAUCCGAUUGGUCCUUGUGUAUCGUCUGACCCCUGUUUUUUUCCCUGUCCUCCCAUUGGUUUCCUCCUCCAGAGCUGGAUUCUCCCGAGGAGCUGGAGAAGAAGAGGAUUUGCCGUAUCAUCACCAGGGACUUCCCACAAUACUUUGCGGUGGUGUCGCGCAUCAAGCAGGACAGCCGACUGAUUGGUCCUGAGGGAGGGGUGUUGAGCAGUACCCUGGUACCUCAGGUCCAGGCUGUGUUCCCAGAGGGAGCUCUCACUAAGAACAUCAGGGUUGGACUACAGGUAGGAAGGUGGGGUCUGAUGAUCGAACAACUGAACACUUUUGAAGUUUUAAUUUGUUUCUUACUUCCUGACUCUCGCGUUCCACUUCCUCCUAGGCUCAGCCAAUCGGCGUAGACCUGGUGAAGAGGAUUCUGGGUAACAGGGCUACGUUCAGCCCCAUCGUUACCUUAGAGCCCAGGAGGCGGAAGUUCCACAAGCCAAUCACCAUGACGAUCCCUGUCCCCAAGAGCUCGAGCAACGACGGGACAGCCAACGUGUUUGGAGGGGACACGCCCACUCUGCGUCUGCUCUGCAGUAUCACUGGUACGUAGGAAAUGACUGUUGGUUGGUUGGUUGAUUGGUUGGUUGAUUGGCAGGUUGGUUGGUUGGUUGAUUGACUGACUGACUGAAUGAUUGAUUGUGAGUAGUCAUGUUUGCCUUCUUGAUAUACAGCAAAGCCUGGUUUGUAAUCAACCCCACAUUCAUAUUUAGAAUAUAUUUACCAGAGAGUUCCAUCCCGAUGUGUGUUCUAGGUGGAACCACUCCUGCCCAAUGGGAGGACAUCACUGGCUCCACCCCCCUCACCUUCAUCAACCAAUGUGUGUCCUUCACCACCAACGUGUCAGCAAGGUGAGGGCUCCAGAGGGACUAGUGUGUUUUCAUCUGAUGUCUGUUGUUUUGACGUUCUGUUGAAAACACCAUCCUCCUUCUGAUUAAACUACUGAUGGAAUGAUUGAUUCUUCAUUCGAUUGGAUUGAUCGAUCUAUUACGUCCUAGAUAGAUAGAUAGAUAGAUAGAUAGAUAGAUAGAUAGAUAGAUAGAUAGAUAGAUAGAUAGAUAGAUAGAUAGAUAGAUAGAUAGAUAGAUAGAUAGAUAGAUAGAUGAAUCUAUCAAUUCAUGAAUUAUUGAUAAUCCCCUCCCCCUCCGGUGCGCUGUAGGUUCUGUUUGAUAGACUGACAGAUUGAUCUAUUGAUAUUGAUGAACUUAUUGAUUAUUGAUUCUCUACCUGUAGGUUUUGGCUGAUAGACGGACAGAUUUGA